AAGAAACGUUUGUCAUAAUGGAGGAAAUCCCACUAUGCGAUCCUACCUACUUCACCCUUGACCAUGACUGGUCAUUAUUAAGUUUCUUAUUAUACCGACAACAAUGCGAUGAUUUCACAGCUAAUAAAUGUGGUGAACACAAACGAUAUAUUCGCAACCUCUUAGCCAUCGUUGAAAGUGAAGGUCUAUCUGAGACUACAUACGAUCUAGCUUACGUGGCACUUAAUGCAGUACAAUGGACAGGUCCAAAGAAUAAUAACUUUUUUGGAUGGGGUCACGUCCUGCGUUCAACCACCAACACUCCUGAUCUCGCUCAGGAGUGCAAGAGUCUCGUCUCGAGUGGUUCUGUCCUGCCAAAGUGCAUUUCUUUGGAUGGGGUCACGUCCUGCGUUCAAUCACCCAACACUCUUGAUCUCGCUCAGGAGUGCAUGAGUCUCGUCUCGGGUGGUUCCCAAGAAAAGAAAUCAGAAUUAAUUGACGAUUUCUGGACGAACGCCAUUUCAACACAAAAGCGGAAAAUCGAGGCUUUGUCUGAACGCUCAGCUUUAGUGGAGGAGCUUACUACUACAACUAAUGUUACAAGACAGCUAGCUGGUGCGGGAGGUGAUAAUUCACUACCAAAUAAACGUCCAUGUAUGAUACAGAAGGAAGACUCGGCUGAAGAAUGCGCUACUCAAGAAGAUUUGCUGAAUUCAAUAAUCGAAACUUCCAAUAUCUUUGAAAAAGUUCCAUCUUAUUAUGACAAGCUCAAAACUAUAUGGAAUUCCCGUGAUUCUGGAGCGGAUUAUUACAUAAUUGACUUAGGAAAUAAUGAAAUGAUGAAGCAAACACAUGAACUUUUGUGCGAAGAUGAAUUAAAAAUGUUAUCCGAAAGACUGACUUUAAAUGACGAGAACAAUCAUAUAAGUACAAAGGCACACGAAUAUUUAGCAUUAUUCGAUCAAAUUAUAGGAUAUCCUUCGGGGGAAAAAACCACUAAAGCAAAUAAUUUGAUUGAUUUAAAUGAUGAUAACGAUGCUAAGAGCAGUGUCAUUUCUGAAAUGGAAAAAACACUACAUAGUCUGAAUGAAAUAACAACAAAAUUUCGAUACCUAUCAAAUUCCCUUUCCCUUCCAGUACUACACUACGAUCAAUCUCAAUACCCUGAUAUACACAUUAUCAAGA